AGUCUCCCACCUUUCCGUUGAAACAGAGUAAAUAUAGAAAAAGGAGAAACGAAAGAGAAAGACACUGAAAUGGGAAGAAUCCGCGUCUCAGACGAGUUUGAUACGUGUGGAGAAUCAAAGUCUUCUUCGAUUUCACUGACCAACCUUUAACCCAAAACCACUGAUUUAAAUCCACUCUCCUUUGAAUGUCUCUCAUCCUCCUCCUAAUCAAUCAAUUAAUCCACUAAGAUUUCCAUACACUUCCCAGUUACUCUUCCAUCAUGUCAUCCUAUUAUAAGGGACAGCCUCUGCCAAAAUUUGGUGAAUGGGAUGUAAAUGAUCCAGCCUCAGCUGAAGGAUUCACUGCCAUAUUUAACAUAGCUAGAGAUGAGAAGAGAACUGGUGGGAAUGUUACAGUCUUAACCGCGGGCAGUGUAAAAUCACAGCACAAAAAUGGUGCACAUAAGGGGAGAAACAAACGUAAAUAUUCCAUUAAGAGAAAAUGGUUUUGCUUGGCUUAAAAUCACUGCAACUUUUUGAGACAGAAAGCGCUUGGUGCUGAAGCCAUUAGAAUUUUUUGUGGUUGCUGAUCCUGUUUUGUUUUUAGUUUGCCUUCUAAUUAAUUUUCUACAAGUUUUUCAGUGCCUAGUGUUUCCAUGUUUUUCGUGGAAUUUUUCUAUGCACUUUAAAUUAGAGUCUAGGCUAUAAACUAUGUUUUCUCCAUGUGAAAUGAGGCGACUGUAAAGCUACAAUUUUUCACGUUUUCAUUGGGGAUGCCUUCCUUCUCUGUUAGUACUUAUUUCACUGCAACAAUUACAACAAAAA